AACAACCCAAAACUGAGGACAAUAGAACACCACCCUUCCUUUUUUCUUGGAUUCUAUACUCCUAUCUCAUCUCAUACCAAAUAAAGCUAAAGUCUCCCUUUUUUUUAAUUUCAGGAACUGCAAAUUUCUAGUAAAUUACAUUUUUUUUUAUAUUUUUAUAUUUAUAUAUGAGGUGCAUGUUUGUUUAAAGCUGUUUAUAUUGAUUUGUUUAUUUUAAUUCCAAACCCAAAAAUAAAACCCCUUUUUUUUUUUUUCUUUUUUUUCUCUUUAAUGAGAGAUAGAGCCAUAGAAGAAUGGAUGCCCUCUCAUUGUGACACUAUUGCUUUGCUUCUAAUAAAAACCAAAAUCAGCACUACUGUUUUAAUUUCCCUUCUUCUGUCAUUUUCUGGUAUUAUAUUUGCUUUUAGCUUAUUAAAAUGAUAAACCCACAAAUUUCCCAAUUCAAUUUCAUUUAUUUUUCCAAUUUUCUGAUCAUAUUUUGCUAAUAAUUACAAUAUACAAAUUGGGUUUUUAUCUGUUUCUUAAACUUGUAGCCAUGAAAUUUAUGAAACUUGGAUCAAAACCUGAUACUUUCUACACUGCUGAAGCUGUAAGGGCAGUUUCUUCUGAAGUGUCUAGUGAUCUCAUAAUUCAAGUUCAAACUAGUAGAUAUUUGCUUCACAAGUUUCCUAUGCUGUCAAAAUGCCUGAAGUUACAGAAACUAUGUGCAGAAUCCCCAAACUCAUCACCCCACCAACUAAUCCAACUUCAAGAUUUUCCAUUUGGGGCUGAAUCAUUUGAACUCUGUGCAAAAUUCUGCUAUGGAAUAACCAUCACAUUAAGUGCACACAACAUCAUAUCAGCAAGAUGUGCAGCUGAAUACCUUCAAAUGUCAGAAGAAGCAGAAAAAGGGAAUUUGAUUUAUAAACUUGAAAUUUUCCUCAACUCUUGUGUUCUUCAAGGGUGGAAAGAUUCAAUUAUAACAUUACAAUCCACAAAAACAUUUCCAUCAUUAUGUGAUGAUCUUGGUAUCACUAGUAGGUGUAUAGAAGCUAUUGCUUCAAGGGUCUUAACUAACCCAUCAAAGAUUAGCCUCGCUCGAACCUGCUCGAGUCGUGCUGGUGGUGGUGGUGGUGGGAAAGACGAGCCCGUAUCGUGUAGGAAUAACAAAGGGUGGUGGGCUGAGGAUAUGGCUGAGUUGGGUAUUGAUCUAUAUUGGAGAACAAUGAUAGUAGUAAAAUCAGGAGGAAAAGUUCCUCCAAAUAUAAUAGGAGAAGCAUUACAAGUUUAUGCAUCAAAAUGGCUUCCUACAAAGCAAGUAAUUCCUGAAAUUGAUUCGGAUAAAACAGGAGAAAAAACAACUAAGUAUAGAUUAUUACUUGAAUCAAUCAUAAGCUUACUACCAUCUACAAAAACCUCUGUUUCAUGUAGUUUUUUGCUUAAGUUACUUAAAGCUUCAAACUUGCUUAAUGCUUCUCCAUCAUUAAAAAUGGAGGUUGCAAGAAGGGUAGGAAUCCAAUUAGAAGAAGCUAAUGUAAAAGAUUUGUUAAUACCCAGAUCAUUAAGUGAAACCAAGUACGAUUAUGAUGUGUUUAUGGUGAUUUUAGAGCAGUUUAUGGCACAAGGAUCGAGUCCUCCUACAAGUCCUCCUAGGAGUAAAGGAAGGUAUGAGAGGAGAAAUAGGUCAAGAUCAGCUGAGAAUAUUGAUAUUGAGUUACAAGAAAGUAGAUCUUCUUGUGGUUCUCAUAGUGCUAAGUUAAAGGUUGCUAAGAUUGUUGAUAAGUAUCUACAAGAGAUUGCUAAUGAUCCUAAUUUGCCUUUAUCUAUGAUGAUUGCUAUUGCUGAAGGUGUACCUGAUUUUGCUAGGGUUGAUCAUGAUGAUCUUUACAAAGCUAUUGAUAUUUACCUCAAGGCACACCCCGAGCUCACGAAAAGUGAAAGAAAACGAUUGUGUAGAGUCUUAGACUGCAAAAAACUGUCCAUGGAAGCUUGUAUGCAUGCUGCACAAAAUGAGUUACUCCCACUUAGAGUGGUAGUGCAAGUCCUUUUCUUCGAGCAAGCUCGAUCAGCCAUGGCGAGUGAGAAAGUCACCGAUCUACCCCCAAAUAUCAAGGCAUUACUCGCUGCACAAGACGAUAGUUCAUCUAAGCCUAUUGGAACAUUAAGUACAACAACGACUACUCCAGGAGCCGAGGAUCAAUGGAGUGUAUCGGACCUUAAAUCAACAAAAUCGAAAGUCUCAACCCUUAAGAUGAAGUUGGCCGAGGAUGACCUAGAAGAAAAUAGUUUCGCAAAAGGAUUAACGUUUAAGAAUCUCUGUUCAAUACCCACUCGUCCUAAACGAAUGUUCUGUAAGUUGUUAUCGAUCAACAACAACAAAAGUACGAGUGCAAAAAACUAAGGAAGAAAACUAAAUUAUCGUAAUAUAGAAAAUUUUUUGACGGUACCCUGCUAUGAAACUUUUGUAAAGUUUUUUUUUUUUUUAAUUAGGGGAAAAGGAAAUUAAAUGUGAAUUAUUGAUGUAGCCCUAUUUGAAUAAAGUGAAGAGAAAUCUCUUAAGGGAUACUCUCAAUUUGAGUCCACAAGAAUUAGGAUUUGGUAGUUGUAAUUGUAUGAUCAUAUUAGGGACCAUAAAUGUGGUUGUGUUUAUUUUUCCAUAUAUUAUAUCAAAAAUAAUGUCCCUAUCCAUUUUUUUUUCUUUCCUUUUUAUCAUUAUGUAAUGCAAUCCAAUAUGUACUCAAUUUUCUCAUAUCUAACUACUAUGUAUACUUUAUGUAAAUGGCAAAGUAUUGAAAAUCAACAACUAAAAGCUUUGACCUAAUGUUGAAGCCAUAUUAUGAUAUGUUAUAUACUCUAUUAUACUCUCUUAGAUGAGAGACUUUCAGUUAGAAAUGUAAACGCAAUACAUAUCCUUCUCAUACAUAGUA